AUGUGGAUGGGUUCAGGACUGAUCCUACAAACAGAAGGUGGAACUGAAAGGCCAGAAGACAUGGGAGGAAGAUACUUUGUGCAGUUGGCAAGAAAGUCAUUCUUUACUUUUGUGCCAACAGUAAAUCCUUACCAGACAUACAGCACAGAGUACUACGUCAUGCAUGAUUUAUUGCAUGAGUUGGCACGUAAUGUCUCUACCGCGAAAAGAAUAGGUACAGCAUCAGAACAAGUGGAGAAUAUGGAAAACCUGUUUCACCUGCGAUUAACUUCACUUCAAGAAUUGUAUAACUUCAGUAUUCAGUCACAGGAAGGUUACCGAAUAAGUUCAUUGAUGAAUUUAACAAGCCUUUGCAAGCUACGACUGUGCAACCUUGAGAAUGUUGAAAGGCAUGGAGAGGUUAUAGAGGCCAAGAUAAAUGAGAAAUCCUAUCUUAGGUCACUGUCACUUAACUGGUCUGAAACUAAUGAUGCUCUGAAGGAAGACAAUCUGGUUCUUGAUAUACUUGAGCCACAUGCUCGUCUUGAAAAUCUUGAAAUUACAGGAUACAGUGGUGUCCGAUUCCCACCUUGGAUAAACCAUCCCCCUCUGGUCAAUAUGGUAUCACUUGAGCUGAGACAGUGCAAAAAUUGGGUGUGCCUUCCAUCUCUUGGAAAUCUACAGCUACUCAAGCAUCUCGAAUUGCAAAACCUUACUGGAUUGAAACAGAUUGGACAAUCAUCUGGUGAUUCCUUGCCUCAAAAUCUGAAAACCCUAGUGGUGGAAGGAUGCCAGGGAUUAAGGAAACUGCCACUUCUAUCUCUGACUUUGAUGCAGCUGGAAAUAAAUAAUGUUGGAUUGGACAUCCUCCCGAGAAUAGUUGUCCACCAUGGUAACAUUGGUUCUGAGGCCAUGCCACCUAAGCUAGUAUCAGUCAUCAUCAGCAAUUGUUCAAAUUUGACUACGUUGGCAGAGAGCUUUCUACUGCAGGAGCACUAUAUCUGCACUCUUCAGAUCCUAAAGAUUGUUGACUGUAAAAAGUUAAUCCAUGCUCCUUUAUCAUUUGGGAGCAUGAAUGACCUUACAGAAUUUCGCAUUGGGAGCUGUUAUUCAUUGAGAAUGAUGGAGAGGGUUGAUGGUGGACUACUCCCUUGCACGCUUAAAGAACUCUCUAUGGUGCAGUGUGGUGACCUCCAACUUCCUCUGCUGAAUUCACUGGGUGAAGUCUCUUCCAUCAUCAGAGGUGUUCCGGAGUCUCACAGCACUGCGAGAAAUGGUUAUCAUGAACUGCAUUUUCUUGUCAUCCUUGGGUGGGCUUGGAGCUCUUUCAUAUCUCAGUUGGCUAGAAAUUACAGACUGCAGGAGUAUUAA